AAUAAAAUAAAUAUUUUAAUGAAUAUUUUACAGGAAUAUUUUGCUGACCGUAUCCAGGCAUUUCCAGAUGAUCUGCGACAUAUAUGUACUUAUAUUGCUGCAGUGUUGGGCUAUGAUGCUUACUCAUCAGAGGCUGGUAUAGUCAAUUAUUAUCGUAUGGAGUCAACAUUGAUGGGUCAUACAGAUGUGUCCGAGCUUGACAAGGCUGCACCACUCAUAUCCUUCAGUUUUGGCUCGUCCUGUAUAUUCUUGAUAGGAGGCCCUACCAAGGAGACAGAGCCGAUUCCUUUAUUUCUAAACAGUGGGGAUAUCUGUUUGAUGACAGGCAAGGCUAGACUCAGUUACCAUGCCGUUCCUAGAAUUCUUCCUGGAAAGAAAGAACAUUUAAGAUCCUGUUUCUUCGGCAAUACUGAAACUAAUACUGUUAUCAAUACUAGUCAGUCAGAAAUCGAAGACAAAAAUAAUUCAUUUUGUCAAAAAGAGGAUUCGGAUAUUGAAGAUGAUCCAUACAGUGGAGGAACCAAUCAGAAACCACCAUCUAUAAAUAUCGUCCAAUCAGAAAUGACAAAAUCUGAUGAAAAUGUGAUAGUGACUCCUACAGUAAAAGGAAAUAAUUGUUCUAUUAAAGAACUUGGUACUUUAAUGAAAUCAGUUAUAGAGAAAACUAAUUGGGAACCUUUUGACAUGUAUAUAGAAAGGUCAAGGAUAAAUGUCAAUGUAAGACAAGUAUUAAAACAGGGACUAUCUCUGGGUGUAAGUCCAGAGAAAAUAACACCAUGUCAAAAGUCAUGUCAGAAAUCGUAACAAAAAUUCUUUGAAUUUUGUAACCAAUAUUUGCAAAUGCUCUUACCAUUUCAUAGGGUGGUUGGGAAAAUGGGACAAAUUGCUGCAGUGACAUUUUGUUGUAAAUCUGUAUCAACAUGGGUAUGUGAUUUGUUCUACAAGGUCAUUUAUUAGUCCCCUACUGGUUUAACCGGAGGGGACUUUAGGUUUACCCUCCGUCCGUCUGUCUGUCCGUCUGUCUGUCCGUCAGUCCACAAAACUGGAUCCCGCGAUAACACAAAAAGUACUGAAAAUAUUUUUAUGAAACUUGAUAUAUGGAUAGAUGGCAGUAUGGAGAUUAUGCACGUCUUUUUCUUUUGUUCCUAUGUUGAAAAUGCUUGUUGCUAUGGCAACAAAUAGUCUGAAAAUAUGGCAAAUUAAACACAUAAACUGGAUCCAGUGAUAUCUCAAAAAGUACUGAAAAUAUUUUUAUGAAACUUGAAAUAUAGGUAGAUGGCAGUCUGGAGAUUAUGCACAUCUUUUUCUUUUCUGCUUAUGUUGAAAAUUCUGGUUGCUAUGGCAACAAAUAGCCUGAAUUUCAAGAUUUCUGAUUUAAAUUUUUCAGCUUUUUCACUAUAAGUUCUUUAUUUCUUAAGGUGUUUACUUCAAACUUUAAAAAUAAGUUUCUGGUCAUCAACCACAUCAUAUGUGACAAGGUUUACAACUCUAGCACAAAAAUUAUCAGUAUUACCUCCCUUGAACUUAGAAUUUUUAUGAAAAAAAUGUUAUCUUUUUUAAAUAACUUCUUUAUUUCCUAAUGUAUCUACUUCAAACUUCAUAUAUAUGUUUCUUAUUAUCACUCAACAUUUUUGAGAAGGUUAAAUACUCUAGCAAGACUAUUUCCAGAAUUAUGUCCCCCUUGAACUUAGAUUUUUUUCGAGAAAUUGGUAUUUUUUACUCCAACUUCUUCAUUCCUUAUAAGAUUUACUUUAAAAUCCCACAUCAUAAUAAUAUAACAAGGUUGUAUAAACAUAAUUUCCUUACAAGGCAGGGAAACUUAACACAUUACUGUGAUAUAGACAAACUUAGAACUCAAAAGAUUUAAGUUCAUUCAUGUCAUUCAUUCACUGGUAAAAUUGAAUGGCCAAAUUGGCCCAUCAGAAUGUUGCUGGGGUUCUAACCGGUAGGGGACUUAUGGAUUGCUUGUAAUACUAUGAUAAUUGCUUGUUAUUGUGAAAAUAUUUUGAAGCAGAAAUGAACAUAUCUUUCAAAGUAUACAGUUGGUCCAUUUUCAAAUAAACGUCAUGUCUUUUCACUUCAGAAUUGGUUUACUUGACCAUCAAAAUGUGCAAUUUCUUGCACAAUGGCUGGCAUUCCAUUCGCAUAUCACUGUCUUGUAGACUUUUGUAACAGUAAUGAAAAUCAUGCACCAGGGGCCAAUAUUAGCUCACCCAUGGGUCAAUUACUUUUUAUAAACUUAAUAUAAGUCUUCUUGUGUAAAAACUAAAAUGCUAAGAUAUUUAGCGUGUAUCAGUGCCACAUGCCAAAUUAUUAUUAAGCUCUUGUCAAUGGCAAGAGCUGAAUAAUUAUUUGGCAUGUGGCAAUAUAGAUCUCUGCAAAAGUUACAUGAAUCAGUCAUGUACCUAGCGUGAUGUCAGGUCCCUAGGGUAUACUUAGUAUCAUAAGGACUUGUUUGGUACAAGUUUAAUGAAGAAUGGAUCUCUUCCUAAUAGUAAUAAAAUGCCAAUUUAAAAAAAGAAAUUACUUAAAUUAUUUGGGCUUAUAUUGCCCUGCCUUUCUGGUGCUAUUGUAUAUAUUUUAAUUUAAGAUUUUUAUUUCGAUAAUUAUCCUCUUCUUAUUUUUAAUUUUCUGUUACAUUAUGUCAUACCUGUCUGUGUGAAU